UAGUAAAUAUAAACUGCUAAAUACUUUUUUUCAUCAGCAGUUAGAGCAGUCUUGUGACUUCUAUCAGCAUUCAGCCGAACACCAGUUAAAGCUUGUAAGAGGGGUUUUCAUUCUGCUCUAGGAAGAUGCAGGACCCCUGCCCUCUGUCUGGACAGUGCUGAUUGGCCCUGUGCUGAUCACAUGCACUCUCCCAAGAAAAACCACCAAACUGAGCAUGUCCAGAGUGACUUCACACGAUAUGUCUUAUUAGGAGAUAAGAGGGGGUCACUGGAAGAAGGGGAGGAUCAGAGACGUCAGGGUCAAACA